AGCAUGCCUGCUGCAAAGGAGGCGAGCCGUCACACAAAAGCAAGAUGGAGGAUCUCACAGUCGAAGUAUGCGGCGAAAACGGAGCAUAUUAUAAGGCCUUUGUCACAGAUGUCUUUGAGGACGAAGUUCUAGUAACGUUCGAAAAUGACUGGCAACCAGAAUCGAAGUUUCCAUUUGCUCAAGUACGUUUACCUCCAACAGAUGGUCAGAAACCUGAAUUUUCUGAAACCAUGGAGAUUGAGGUAUUUUCUAGGUCCAAUGAGCACGAAGCAUGCGGGUGGUGGAAGGCAGUCAUUAAGAUGAGUAAAGGAGGUUUUCAAGUAGUUGAAUAUUUGGGAUGGGAAUGUGCUUAUACUGAAAUUGUAGGUAGUGAACGACUGAGGGCAAAAAAUCCUAAUCCCCCCAUUGAUAAAAAUACAUUUCACAAGAUCGAAAUAGAAGUACCUGAAGAUCUAAGAGAAUUUGCCAAAAUGGAAAAUGCACAUAAGGAAUUUCAAAAAGCAAUAGGGGCAGCAGUGUGCCGAUAUGUGCCUGAACGAGGAGUAUUGCUGGCCAUCUCCCGUCAUGAAAAUUUACAUCGUCACAGUGGCAUGCUCCAAGAAAUGCAUUUUAGAAACUUAUCACAAAAGGUAUUGCUUUUGAAAAGAACGGAAGAAGCAGCACGUCAACUUGAGUCAACUAAACUUCAAACAAUUGGGGGAUACACAGAUGAAUUUAAUGUUCGAGAAGACUUGAUGGGCUUAGCAAUUGGUGCGCAUGGGGUAAAUAUUCAGCAGGCAAGAAAGGUUGAUGGAAUUACAAAUAUAGAAUUAGAAGAAAAUUCAUGCACAUUUAAAAUUUAUGGAGAGACACAUGAAGCUGUUAAAAAAGCUCGUUCUUUGCUUGAGUAUAGCGAAGAAUCUAUACAAGUACCACGUGUUUUGGUAGGCAAAGUAAUUGGGAAAAAUGGUCGCAUAAUACAAGAAAUUGUCGAUAAAAGUGGAGUGGUACGAGUUAAAAUAGAAGGAGACAACGAACCUCAGCCAACAAUUCCAAGAGAGGAGGGUCAGGUACCCUUUGUAUUUGUUGGUACUGUUGAAAGUAUUGCUAAUGCCAAAAUGUUGUUGGAAUAUCAUUUGGCGCAUUUAAAGGAAGUAGAACAGUUACGCCAAGAUAAAUUAGAAAUUGACCAACAAUUAAGAAACCUGCAUGGAUCAACCACAGGACCAAUGCCCAACUUUCCUCCAACUAGACGAGGAAUGAUUACAGGCCCAGAAGAAGGUGGUGGAGGUCGUGGAGGUCGUGGUGGUCAAUCUCGCGGACGUGGCAGGGGUAGGGCUCCCACCAGACACAAUGCCGGAUUACGUCGAGACACCUUAGAUGGUAAUGAAGACCGAGUAAGGGAUCUACCUCCAAGAGGUGGUCAUCAAGGUGGUGCAGGCAAUUCAGGGUACAUGGGUGGUAGACAAGGUCGUCCUCCAACUCAACGUAGAGAUCGUAGAGAUGAACGUCGUCGAACAACUGAUGAUGAAGAUACUGUUCUCGAUAGUCAAGAUGUUUCAAGCAUUGAUAGAGAGUCUGUAUCAAGUGUGGAGGGAGGACCUAAAGGCAUGAGGCGAAGGCGGCUUCGACGGUCUCGACAACGUAGUUCUACGCCAACAAAUAGCCAAAAAGGCAGCAAUGCCGGCCCAGGAGAUCAAUCAACUGUAACCAGUAAAGAAGGAACACCAGCAAAUGACGUUUCUACUACUAACAACAGUUCCCAAGGGCCUAAAGGCCAAAGAGAAUUACGGUCUCGUCAUCCUCGUAUGCAACAGAGCAAUAAGCCUAAGGAAGCUCUGGUUAAUGGUACCAGUGGCUAAAUAACCAUUAUGGUCGACAACUGCUACUUACGUAUAACACUACACCUGAUGAGAGCUAUUAACACCCAGCACAUAACAUGACGCAUACCUACGCAAGGACUACACGAUUAUGGAUCGCGACAUGAUUAGUCUACGCUCGUUGUUAAGACUGUUUGCUACCGAUAAGAAUACAACAGUUGUUUAAGAAAUCGUCAUUCUCCUUAAACACAUUUAAGGACACAUAUUAAUAUCCAUGCAUGGUUUAGUUUAAUGAUAGUGAUUAUGCUAUCAUGUUUGAUAUAUGGAUACAUUCAUUGGGAGAUAGUAGAAGCAUCUGCUAAAAAAGGAAUCCCCUGAUUGUGAAACUGUGCCUCAUUUUUAUACCAAGCUCCCAACUCGUGUGACAGUAAUUCGGAUGUACUAUAAAGUACCUCUUAAUCACUUGAGAAAUGAUCUAAUAAUAGGCUGGAUAUUCGUGGCUCGUAUGUCAAUUAUCAAUUCGAAUAAUUUUCGUCUAGAUAUGUCGCUGUAUUUAUGAAAAAAUAACACAAUACGUACAAAAAUGCAGAAUGUAAUUAAUUUCAAUGUUUUUAUCAUUUUUAUUAGUUUUCCUUCACUGCAACAAUUAUAAUUAAAAAUUUGAAAAUAUUUUAACAUGUAUUACAAAUGAAAGUACGCGAUUUGUGUUAUUUUAUAUUCAUAUUAAAAAAAAAGAAAAUAAUAAUUGAACAUACCGGGUAUAAACUAUGUUGCGACAAAACUAGGACGAAACAUGA